AUGAAAGAGAACUACUUUCAUUUUAGUGCUGAAAUGCUUGUUGGGUGUGAGGUUGUUUCGGUCUCAGCUAUGACAUCUCAUGUGGAUUUGACCUUACCUCCCCCGGAUAAUAUAUCAUCUGUCUUUCAUUUGGAGAAUGGAUGUUCAGGAGUGUUUGUAAUGGUUGUCUCCUCCAGAUCCCCCAAGGUUUCAUUUUAUGGUACCGAUGGACAAAACAAAAGCUCCUUUUUCCCUUUCAGUGGAGUAACUGAAGAAUUAAAGGCUUUUAUUAAUGAUGUAUCUGAAAACACCCUCAAGGGUGCAAAAGAUGUUGCUGUGUUAGAGGCAAUGCUUGAAUCCGGAGCUAAGAGGCAAUAAUGGAACUCUUUGCAUUGGUCACCUAAUUCAUUGGAUGAAGUUUUAGGAUUCGUAUAAUAUGUCAUGCACAUAUUAAUACUCACGAAUUUCUUUAUUUCUGGUGCACUUCGUGGGCUGCCUCGUUACCUUGUGUUGUCAGAAGGGAAGCUUAGCUUUACUGACAAUUAUAUAAUGUAUGAGUUAUUUAAAUUUGGUAUAUGUUAGAAAUUAGAAUGUCGUGCGGUUCAUGAUCAUAUGCUAGCUGUCAUAGGAAUUACUCCCUACUUAGGAAGUUGCUCCCAUUUACUCUUAGUCUAUGAAAUAGCACCACUUAUUCUAGAGUUUAUAUAUACUCUCCUUGUUCCUUUUAAACAAUGUUUCUAUCUGUUGUUUACAAA